GCACAGGGGCGGCCGCACGCGCCCGCAGCCCGGCCGGGCCCGCCCCUUCCUUAAAGCCGCAGCCCGGGUAGGAGCCGCAGUGGCGGCAGCAGCAGCGGCCAGUGCCAGGCGCCGUUGGCUGCAGCGCUUUGCCCCGGAGCGCUGACUGGAUGCGGCAGAGCCUCUCCCGCUACCCCCAGGCACCAAGCCCCGCCGGAGUCCGCGUCCCUCGCCGCGCAGCAGCCGGCGCCCAGGGCUGGCAGGAUGUUUGACAAGACGCGGCUGCCCUUCGUGUUCCUGGAUGUGGUCUGCGUGGUGCUGGGUCCUUUUCUGUGAAGCUUGUUGGUGAUAAUGGGCACAUGCCUCUUUGACUUUAUUCAAGGCACUAUACUCUUCAAUAUUUUGAAUUCUGGCUUACCCUUGGGUGUUCUAAACUUGGCCAAAAUAAAGCCAUAUCAGAGAGGCUUUUUCUGUAAUGAUGACAGCAUCAAGUAUCCAUUCCAUGACAGUACCGUCACAUCCACUGUCCUAUAUGCAGUGGGGUUCACCCUGCCUAUUUUCUCUAUAAUCGUAGGAGAAGGCCUGUCUGUCUAUUAUAACUGUUUGCACUCGAAUUCGUUUGUCAGAAAUAACUACAUAGCCACUAUUUACAAAGCCAUUGGGACCUUCAUUUUUGGUGCGGCGGCUAGCCAAUCCCUGACGGACAUUGCCAAGUACUCCAUAGGUAGACUGCGACCCCACUUCCUGGCUAUAUGCCAACCAGAUUGGACACGAGUCAACUGCAGUCUAGGUUACAUUGAAAACUUCCCAUGUCAAGGAGACAAAGUACAAGUUAAUGAGGGAAGACUGUCAUUUUACUCUGGGCAUUCUUCAUUCUCCAUGUACUGCAUGCUAUUCCUAGCACUUUAUCUUCAGGCCAGAAUGAAAGGAGAUUGGGCAAGACUUGUACGUCCCACAGUGCAAUUUGGUCUCAUUGCCGCAUCUAUCUACGUGGGUCUCUCCCGUGUUUCUGAUUACAAACAUCACUGGAGUGAUGUGUUGACUGGACUCCUUCAGGGAGCGGUGGUAGCUGUGCUCAUCGUGGUGUACGUAUCCGAUUUUUUCAAAGUGAGGGGAUGUACGUUUAAACCCAAAGAAGAAGAUUCGCAUACAACUCUCCAUGAGACACCAACAAAUGGAAAUCACUAUGGCAGUAAUCACCAACCAUGAAGAAUUGCUGAGCAUGAUCCUGUGAAGUCUCCUGCUUUCUUAAAGAAAAAUUUUAAUGAGUCUCCCUAUGUAAAAUAAAUAAAUGCCUUUAAGGGACUGCUGCUGCUAUCUCUCUUGGAUGCUCACUUUACAUGUAUAUAGUAACAUAACAGCAUUGUGUAUAUCUAAUAGCUUUAAAAAUCUUUAAUUCUAUUAGUUCAAGCUUACUGCUUAUAAAAACACAAAUGUAAUUUUUUAUUAAAAUAACAUAGUAACACUUAUGUACAAACAGCACUGUGUAUGUAAUAUGCUUUGCUAGAAUGCUUCCUGUUUUAAAUGCAUACACCAUUAAAUGUCUGUCUUGGGGGUGAAGAUGGCAAACUGG